AUGUUUGGUAAAGUAUUGGCUUUUCACUCGAUAACUUACCGAAAGGUUAAAGAGCGUGCUGUUGAAAUUGCCAAGGCCAUAGAUGACGAAGAUGGGUUGAUAGGAGCAUUGAAUGCCUUUCAUAGGCACUUUCCUCACAUUAGUCUACCACCCCCGUCAACUACUCCAGGGGAUGUUGGUCAUGUGGAUGUGGAUGACUUGUGGUCUUUAUGGAUAGAGAGCUGA